UGACAUCAUCCUCCCUUUAAAAAAAAAAAAGGCUCUGAUGGGGAACGGUUAAAAGUAGGCUAGUCCAGUCCCCCGUAUUACAUUGUCCUGUGCCAAUGAAGCAUGGUUAGUAUCAGCCCCCAGAGAGCUUUGGGGAGUGCAGGGAAAAGGGUGUCUAAACUUUCCUAACUCGUCCUCAUCCUGAAGCAUUUUCUCUUAGAUUGUGUUGUUUUUAAAAGAAAGGCUUCUGUAGGGGUGAAGAGGAUGGGGAGAAUGGUAGAAAUCGUGGGGAAAUGAUUGUAUUUAUUAGCUGUCUUUCUGCGGCUGUCCCCAUGGAGACAAUUUGUGAUGGCAAAGAAUGCAAGGAGGGGAGGCUGAUGCCUGAUUGGGAUGCUUUGUAUUUGGCAAAGUGGCUUCUGAUUGGCCUGGGAGAGCCCCGAACUCGCCGGAGUCGAUAUUCAUUCAGCUUGCUCAAGUGCUUGCUAAACUGCAUCCAAACACUGGCGGGCCCUGGCUGCCUCCGCCGAGGUUGGCGGUGUGUAACCUGCCUAACGAGAUUAGCAGGGAAGGGGCUCUUCUCUGCAGCGACGCAGCCGCCAGCACCGGUGAGAAAAGCUGCCGCGCGCCGGGUUUGCCAAGGUUUGUCCAAAGGCGGAUUAUAAACUUUUCAUGAGAAACUCUGCACGGUGCAUCCAGUGAAAUGGCAUCAGACAGUGAGGUAAAAACCCUACUGAACUUCGUCAACCUGGCCUCCAGCGACAUCAAAGCGGCUCUGGAUAAAUCAGCUCCUUGUCGCCGGUCAGUUGACCACAGAAAAUACUUACAGAAGCAGCUCAAGCGGUUUUCUCAGAAGUACUCACGGAUGCCACGGUGUCACCCCAGCAAACCCCCUGAGUGUGGCUGGCGCAGGGGGGCAGAGGAUCGGGGCCGUGGCCCCCAGCCCGAGGCACCUGACCCCAGCCCCCAUGGUGGGGCUGCCGCCGAGAAGGUGAUGCAGACAACCGAGGCAGAGGAGAGCCUCACUGGGGAACGGGUUUUGCAGGAGCAAAAACCUGAGGCUGUCCGGCCGGACCAGGUGCCCAUGAGGAAGCGACAGCUCCCUGCCUCCUUCUGGGAAGAACCACGGCCAGCUCAGAGCCUGACGGCCAGGGCCUUUCCUGCCAGUCCUGAGGGGCUCCCAGCCCCCAGAGACCUUCCUCCCUAUGAGGGGAAGAAAAGCAAAUGGAGCCCAGAUGCUGCUAGCCCAGAGAGCCCUCCUGACCCUGCACCACAUGCCGGGGAGAAGGACCCUGCCGGGGUCCUCUCAGGCCGGGUGGGUGCCUGGACCUGCUGCCCUUUCCCUUGCCCCGGGACAGGGGUGUACCAGCCCCCGGGAGCGCUGCUCCCAUCGCCCUUCCCAGGGCUGGGACUGUGGAGGAAGAGUGCAGCCACACUGCCGGCGGAGGUGCCACACUUCUGCAAGGAGGCCGAUGGCACGGGGCAAAAACUCUACAGGCCCAUGGUUCUGAAACCCAUCCCCACCAAGCCUGCCAUUCCCCCACCCAUCUUCAAUGUUUUUGGCUAUCUUUAGCGGGGCGGUGUCAGAGUCAUGCUGAACACAACAGCUCCUGAGGGUGAAUUGAAACGCCCGGUCAGCCACCAGGCAUGAGCUGCUGGCAGCGUGGAGCGGCAAGGGAAGGAGACCAGUGAUCACACCCUCUUCCUCGUGAGCGGGCUGGGGGGGAAUUAGUAACUGUUGGGAAGCUACUUGGGCCUCCACUCUCCUCUCAGUACGCGGGUGUAAAUCGGGAAUAAACCUUAUGAAGCCGGUGGCAUGGAGCAUGAGGCAAACCAGGGCUCUUUCAUGGAUGGGCAUUGUCUGAGGCGCGGUGAGCGGGGCUGCAGGCCAUUCAUAGCUGCACUUGUAACACCUAGGAGACCUCCUCCAUGUGGGAACAUCUUUCUGGGGCUGCCCUGCAGCAGCAGCAGUGAAAUGACAUGAAUUAAACCCAUUCAAAAAGUUUUUGUACUUUAAAGUAAUUCUGGAGAAGUCAAGAUAUUCAGGUUGCUUGGUUUUGCAUGCAGGAGACUU